CCUUUGAGCCUGUUCGAAUCUCGACUGAGACACACAUUCCGUCAGUAACGACUCGUCGCAGACGUGCAGUUCUCGCUUAUCCUUACUAGCCAACAUGUCCGAGGUUGAAGAGGUCAAGAAAACGGUCAAGAAGACCACCAAAAAGAAGACCAGAGUUCAAGUAGAAGUUGAGACCGAGGAAAGCAAGAAUAAUCCGGAUCCUUCUCAAGGAGACAAGAAUGAGCUGAUUUUCUCUGGCGAAUAUACGAAAGCAAUGUCCAAGGACUGGCAUUCAGCUCACUUCUGCUGCUGGCAAUGCGACGAGUCUCUGACUGGACAACGCUAUGUGCUGAGGGACGAGCAUCCAUACUGCGUCCGAUGUUACGAACAAGUGUUUGCCAAUAGCUGCGAAGAAUGCGGGAAACUUAUCGGCAUCGAUUCAAAGGAUCUAUCUUACAAGGAAAAGCACUGGCAUGAAGCAUGUUUCCUGUGCAACAAAUGUCGAGUAUCUCUUGUGGAUAAGCCCUUUGGUUCUAAAGCCGAGAAAGUUUACUGUGCCAAUUGUUAUGACGCAUCUUUUGCCACUCGAUGUGAUGGCUGUGGAGAAGUAUUUAAAGCGGGUACAAAAAAGAUGGAAUACAAAGGCCAUCAAUGGCACGAUCAAUGUUUCUGCUGCUGCAUGUGCAAAGCUCCUAUUGGAACAAAAAGCUUCAUCCCACGUGAUAAUGAUAUAUAUUGCACAGGUUGCUAUGAAGAGAAAUAUGCCACUAGAUGUAUUAAAUGCAACCAGAUUAUUACAAGCGGGGGUGUAACGUAUCGCAACGAACCCUGGCACAGAGAGUGCUUUUGUUGUACCAAUUGCAAUACAUGCCUUGCUGGUCAGCGUUUCACAUCAAGAGAUGACAAACCCUACUGCGCAGAGUGCUUUGGGGAACUCUUUGCCAAGAGAUGCAUAGCUUGCUCGAGGCCUAUAACUGGUAUCGGCGGCACUCGUUUCAUCUCUUUCGAAGAUCGUACUUGGCAUAAUGAUUGCUUUAUCUGUGCUAUGUGUAAAGCCUCUCUGGUGGGCAAAGGCUUCAUCACUGACGGUCCUGAUAUAUUGUGCCCUGAAUGUGCUAAGCAGAAGCUCAUGUAAAUCCUACACCUUCAGCCUUAGAGGUCUAGCUUUGACUGUGCUCGGAUUUCCAGGAACAUCUGAGAACAUGUCUAUCACUAAAUAUUGCUGCUAAUUGUAAUAUGGGUGGCUGUGCUGUGUGUUCAGCUUUGCAGUAUAAUUUUUAUUUUUUACCUGCUACUGUUGGUGCUACAACUUCGUUUCGUACAAAGAUCCUCUGAAAACUAAUAUAAACUGGAGAAUGUUUCCUUCACUAAUACUGAACCUUGAAUUUUAAUAUUUGCUGCCGAAUUUCUGACACUUCCUAAUAAUCAACAUUAAUAUAUGAAAGCGCCAUCCACAUAAGCAAGUUCUGCAUGCUUGCAUUUAUCUCUUACUCAUGCUGUAUGUGUGCUUCUUUAUUAGUAAAUUAAUUUUUAAAUCUCAAGCUUAUAUAAUCUAUCCAACCAGCAAUUUUUGCGAGGACAACUUAUUUCCAUAAGGAUAGCUGUUUCGAAAUGGAACUAUAAGACUUUUUUUUAUUCGAAUGAGUGGACUUUAUCAACCAAUUAAAAUGAAUUUAAAUUCCGGGGUUCUCGAGCUUGAAGUUUGUGGGAAUGCCAAAAAUAGAUUCUAACGAUUCUUCUCUUAAUUCUUGAGUUUUCAUCUACCAUGUUUUAAAAUAUUUUCCACUUGAUCAAGGUACUGAAACCCAAACAAGACAGAAAUGCAUAAUACAUUGUAGUUGGGACCAAGUUAAUGAAAAUUUGAGUUCUGCAUUUAUAUUCUGUUAAUUUUUCAGAAAAAAAUGCUAAUAGAGUUUUCCCAUUAACUCUCUAAAAGUAUUAUUAUUAAUUGUUAUUUCACUGCUUAAAUAUUUUAUCUAGCAGUUGUUAAUUUUCUUUUGAGAUUUUUCAUAAAAUUUAAAACAAAAUAUGUUUUAAAAAGAUUUUUCGAAAUUUAGAUAAAAUAAAGUAUGUCUUCAAUUCCCAGUUUUCUUGGAAAAAAUUAGCAUUCUUAUUGUCUAUAACAUUACAGAUAAGUAAGAAAUGUCUGUGUAAAUGAUUUUUUUACUCUAUCUUUUUCUCAGAUAUCAAUAUACACUUAUAAGAAUUGUUCCAUCUUUCCACCAUGCUUCCCAAAUGUCUUCUAAUUUGAGAACCCCUUUCACUUUCAUAGUCACGUGUUAUCUGCAUUAAAAGAAAAUUAAUGUUAAAUUUAUAAGUUAAGGUUUCUGAAAUGGAAGACUAAAAUAUUUUAUAGAUGUACAAAACAGACUUAUUACCUGUUUUAUAUUUUGAUAUGUUUUAAAAAGCGUAAAAUAGUAGUCUUGAUAUCUUUCUUUAAAAAUAUGCAACUGUGUAUUACUAUUCAGUUUGAAAAUUAGGAAAUACUUUGCAUUUUUUCUUUCUAAUUAAUUUUAAUGCUGUAAUUUAAAAUUUAUAUUUUUAAAAGUAUAUAACUGUGUAACAUAUAAAAAGGAAUUAUUUUAUUCCAGAACUUGUUUUGUCAAUCAUUUGUCUGACUCCUUUUGUAUACUUUGUAAAAUACUAAAAGAAUAUUUUUUAAUACUUGAGAAAAAUUAACACCUAAAUGUCGAAACUUACAGAUUUCUUGUGUUGUAUCAAUCUUUAACUCAUAAUAAAUAAAAGUUGCAUACUUGUUUUUAACAAAAAGCUUUAGGGUAGACACAAUUCUGUUUUAAUCUUUGCUUUUUUUUUUUUUUUUUUUUUUUUUUUUUUUUUGCAUGUGCACCACAAUGCAGUUCUAGCAGAAGCAGGUGCAGAAAUUAUUUUAAGUGCCAUACGAAAUAUUCCUGUUCAAAAUCUUUCACUCUAAAAAUUGUAUUUAUUAUGUUCAUAAAAUUAAAUGAGAAGACCAUGUUAUAAAAAUGAUAUGAGCUUUUAAUUUUAUUCUAUUUUGAAUUUCAAGUAUCAAAAUAAAAAUAUAUUCCUUUCA